AUGGGCCCGACCGAGCAAGAAGUAGCGCUCAUCUCGCAUGGCCGCAAGAUCCUCGAGGUAUACAAGCACAAGGGCGUCAUCAACGGGUACAUUGAGCGACCGGAUACGCCUCGCGGCGACGACGAGCCGGCCAUCGCCAAGCACGAGAGCUGGCAGAGCGUGACGGCCAAGCACACGCAAAGCAGCCAGCUGCUCCAGUCGAUCGAGCGCAGUACGCUCAAGCUCGUCGAGCACGUUGCCAGCGCAGACACACCGGCGGCCGCUGCUAGCUUGAGCCAUGUCACGGCGCCGCUCGUCGCCCAACUGCGCCAACUCCUCCGCCAAAAACAGCUCCUCGAAGACGACAUGGAGCGAGAUUUCCAUGCUCUCGGACCACCGGUCGUCCUCGAUGCAUCCAACAAUGUACCGUCGGCAUGGCUUGCCCACGCCGACAUGGACGCGCUCGUCCACGCCAAGGUCGCGCCAUUGGAAGCCGAGCUUGCGCAGGCCAAGACGACGAUUGAAGACAUGCAGGUCAAGCUUCACGCGUACAAGGUCCAGCUCCAGCAGCCAGCGACGAGUACACCCUCGCCCAUCGCAUCCUCGACCUCGUCCAGCCCACGGGCGCACAUUCAGCGCCUCGAGCGCCACAUCCAAGAGAAGGACGAGCUCAUCCGCGCGCUCCGCGAGACGUUGGACGACGUCGCAAACGACAGCAGCCGCAUGGAGAAGCUUCUCAUCGCGCAGAGCGACUCGAUUGCGAUGCUGCAAAGCGAGCAUCAGGUGCGGGAAGCCACGGCGGCGGUUCCUGCGAGUGCGCUCUCGCCGCCCACGUCCGAGACGCAAGACCUCGUGCCGCCGGACGAUGGCCACACGCACCGCGUCGAAGAUUUCGAUACGCCGUUGCCGCCAGGCUGGGAGAUGCGCGUUACCAACACGGGCGACGUGUACUUUAUCCAUCGGCACUCCAAAGUCACGACGUGGGUCGACCCUCGCUCGCACCCGAUCCAGCUGCAGCCGUCGUUGACGCAUAACGCGCCGCUCUCGUCCCAGUACGCGAUCGAGUUUCACGAGAAGCGCCCGAUCGGCGUCCUCUUCCAGCCCAACGCGCCAGUGGAUCAAGGCGCGUGCGUUCGCCGGAUCCUCGAAGAGACGCCGGCCGAGUACGCAGCCCAGAUCCAGCCAGGCCACCAGCUCGUCGCGGUCAACGGCCACCGCAUCCAGGAAGCGUCGUUCCGGCACAUUAUGCUCCUGUUGCAAGGCGGCUUUCGGCCGCUCACGCUCACUUUCGACCGGCUCGUGCGAGAGGGCACGUUGCUACAGGACGACGAAGGCCAGGAAGGGACGCGCGCUACUGGCGACGAGACGGCCGGGUACUCGCUGGCCGACCAGCUCAUUACGGGCGUCUUCUCGCUGGUGUGGGCGGCGCCGGACGAGCCGUCGUCGGCGGUGCAGCCUAUUUAAGAAAGACUGUGUGGAAUAAAAGAACCGAUUAUGUGGCGUGGCACCGCCAUGGCGAAUAUUGCAACGGCUAGAUGCACGCAACGUUUGUUUUAAAAAACAAGAGACUCCAAAUGC